AUGAAAGUCUCCCUUAUUCUCUUCCUCCUUAUUCUUUCCCACGCUCAAGCAACUCCUGCAUCCCCCUUAUCCCGCGUCCGCGCCCUCCAAGCCGACCUCGCUCAAGCCCGGCGCCACCUCACCUGUCGUUCCGCCCUCAUCGCCCUGCACUCCGCUCGCCGCUGCCGCUACGCAGGCUUAUCCCCCGUAGAGUACCUCCGCCUGCGCCGCGUCUGCAAGACCCGCUCCGAAUCUCGCACGUCCCUUACCGCGUGCAAAGCCAUACGUUGCACUGCGUGCCUUUCGGAGCGACGCCUCCUCCAACGCGCGCUUGAAGCCUGUCGCCGUAUAGGCUGGGACUCAUCUGGCGUCCGCAGAAAGUGUCCAAGCGUCGCCUACGCCAAGAAGGAGCUCCGCCUCGCAAGGGCCCGUGGGUGUCCGCCCGCGCCCACGAGAGGCGUGCAGAGAAUUGAGAGCGAGCUGGAGACGGCGGUCCGCCGCGCCGCCAACCGUCUUGGCCUGCGCCCGCCGGCGUACCCGCUCAGAGUUGUCGAGUCCAAGAGGGACGUGCCCGACACAGUCGUCGUCUUGCUUCAUGGCGCGGGCCUCACGAACACGGGCUUGGUUCCGUCCGCGCAGAGCGUGGUUGACGAGGCGCGCGGUGCCGUCUUCAGGUUUGUGCUUCCGCAGGCGCCCACGGAGUUUUUGACGAGUGCUAACUUGUCCUUACCGAUUUGGUAUGAUGCGACUGGAGAUCUGGCAGACGGGCCAUGGGAGCGGGGACAAAUUCUGCGCGCGGCGAGGAACGUCCACGAUUUGAUUCGACUGCAGACAGAAGUAUUCGGAAUUGGAAAGGAGCGUGUUUUCGUGGCGGGGUUUUCGCAGGGGGGUUCCGUUGCAGCGACGGUGUACCUGCGGUACAGGGUUGCCGCGGCGAUAUUAGUGUCGUCGUUUCUGCCGAUGAGGGAUUCGUAUCCUGCGGAGAUGACCGAUGCGUCUGCUGCGGCACCCGUGGUAAUGUUUCAGGGCACAGCGGACGAGAUGCUUCCGGUUGAGAUUGCGAGGAAGACGAGGGAUACGCUGAGGCGACUGGGGAGGGAUGUGAGAUAUGUGGAGUAUCCGGGGGAAAAACAUGCACUAGCUGGCGUUGUAGAGGAUGUGACGAUGCGCUUUUUCGAGUUAGCUUCAGAGGUUUUGGGGACCGAUAUCAGUUGUGUUUAGCUGUAGAGACUUUGUUGGACUGUAUGGGUGGUGGGAAGUACAUCUGCGCUAAAUGGUAAUGGACACGUUCUCU